UGUCAGUCAUCCCCAGUCCAAUGGCUCGAUUGAGCGAUUUCACGCCACCUUAUUGGAAAUGAUCAGAUCCCAUGUAUCCGAAAAUCCCGACGAACAUCCCUUCAAUAUUCUUCCCUAUGCUGUUCAGUGCUACAAUAGCACUAGAAAUAAAACUACUGGCUUUACACCAUACGAGCUCGUGUUUGGCCACACCUCUGGUCGUCCGCCCGAACACGUAUAUUUAGAAAAAGAAUUGAUGUCCAAAUAUCUUGCAACAGGAGCGUCCUUUAGACACUUGGCAUUUUCCUUUCGAAUGGGCAGGAGUACUGUUGCGAGCAUUAUAAAACAUAUGAUUAAAAUAUUAUGGAACAUGCUGCAACCACUUCACAUGCCAGAACCUACUACGGCAACAUUUUUAAAUGUAAGUGCAGACUUCAUGAAAGUAUGGAACUUCCCCAAUUGCAUCGGAGCUGUUGACGGCAAACACGUCAAAGUUAUAGCACCACAACAUUCCGGAUCCAUGUACUUCAAUUAUAAGCAUUAUUUUUCUAUCGUCCUACAAGGAGUUUGCGACGCAAAUUACAAAUUGCUUGUGAUAGAUGUCGGAGGUUACGGCAAACAGAGCGAUGGGGGAACGUUUCAGAGUUCCAAUUUGUACAAACGGAUACACCAAAACAAACUAAAUGUGCCAAAUCCAGAUAGUUUACCAGGAACAAAUGUCCGCGCUCCCUACGUAUUUAUUGCAGAUGAAGCGUAUCCACUAAUGCCCAAUUUGCUAAAACCAUACAAUCGAAGGAACCGCUCUUUGGAACAUAUAAAUUUUAACCAAAGAUUGUCCAGAGCACGCAAAACUAUCGAGUGCACCUUUGGAAUUAUGUACGCGAAGUGGCGUCUUCUGUCCAAAGCUAUAGAGACUACUGAAAAGACUGCGGAUGAUAUCAUUAAGGCGAUAUGCAUUUUGCAUAAUACAAUACUGGACCGAGAGGGAUUUCAACGACAUUUAACAUUAGUAACUGAUGCAGUUCCUAGAGAUCAGAUGUUUGAAUUACCUAGAGGAAGGCAACUGGGUGAAGGUCAAAGAGUUCGCGACAUUUUCUGUAACUAUGUUAAUUUCUUUCCAAUCAGUUACGAGACAGCUUAA